UCUUUUUUGGUCAUUUCUUAUUCGUAGGCCACCACCAGAAUGCCAAAGUGGCGGAAGCAGUGGACAACCCAGUUGAGAGCAAAUUGAAGUCCACUCAACACGCUUCCAGUUUCAUCCGGAGGCUACGAGUUUCCAAUUUAUUAACGUCCGCUUUGGAAAAAUUGCAGUUCCAUAGUUUAAAAUUCUGCUCUCUCCCUCUUCGCUUUCUUGAGCCGCAGGCCGUACUUUAAAAACAAGAAAUCUGCUCUCUCGAACUCAAGGUAAUGUCGCUUCAAACUGACCCGUAGAGUGAGUCAUCCAUUGAGCAAGUUCUCCAUUGAGGGGGUUUUUUUUUUUUUUUUUUACUUCUUCUAUUAGAGUCAUUUAUCCAUCAGUCCGCCAACUUAUUUUCCCUCUAAACUUUAUCCUUUUUUGGUUGUGAGCAGUGACAACAGAGGAACUGAGGAACCAUGGCAGCUUCCCCCAUACUAUCAAUCCUCAUUUCCUUGUUCCUCAUCUUCACGAUAUCGCAUUCUCAACAAGACCCAACUAGUUCCCUCUCUUUCAACUUCACCGGCUUGCCCGAUGUUGCUUGCAACUCCGACAUCAAAACCUCGGGCAACGCUUCCUGCCUCGACUCGUCCAUCCUCACGGACAAUGGCACCUGGCACACCGGCCACGCCAUAUGCUCGUCGCCGACUUCACCAACAAUUCAUCUUCUCCGUUGAUGUUGGCCUCAACGACUCUCAUGGUGACGGCUUCGCUUUCUACCUCCAACCUCGACUACCAGAUCCCUAUUGGUCGCACCGGCAGUGUCAUGGGCCUCGCCUUGAACAACAUGUCUCUCAAAUCCUCCUCCAACCCAUUUGUCGCAAUCGAGUUUGACACCUUCGCCAAUGAAUGGGAUGUCCCGCACGUCGGCAUCGACAUCAACUCCGCCAUCUCCGUUAAAACUGCUCGCUGGAUGGCAACAUCUUGGAUGGACGUCGAUUGAACGCAACAAUCACUUACAAUUCUGCCUCUUUCUCUAGUGCUUCAUUAAUGAUUCUUUUUUGGGUGUCCCAUCCUUCCCUUUUGCUGUUGUAUGGAAAAGAAACAUCCCCUUCAAGA